AGCACAAGUCACGCGUUGUUUAGCUCUGAGAGAACAAAUAUGGCGGAAGAUGGGGAGUCAUUGGAGUCUUGGCUUAAUAAAGCCACCAACCUUUCUAACAGACAGGAAGACUGGGAGUAUAUAAUUGGAUUCUGUGACCAAAUCAACAAGGAGCUAGAAGGCCCACAAAUAUCGGUCAGACUGUUGGCACACAAGAUUCAGUCCCCUCAAGAAUGGGAAGCGCUCCAGGGAUUGACAGUUUUGGAAGCAUGCAUGAAGAACUGUGGCCGACGGUUUCACAGCGAAGUUGGGAAGUUUAAAUUUUUAAAUGAAUUAAUUAAGGUGGUGUCCCCCAAAUACCUUGGAGAAAGAGUGUCAGAAAAAGUGAGAAAGAAAGUGAUUGAGAUGUUGUAUGCAUGGACAGUGUCUCUACCAGAUGAAACAAAGAUUUGUGAGGCUUAUCAAAUGCUGAAGUCACAGGGUAUUGUUUUAGUUGACCCAGAAAUCUCAGCAGAUGCCACGUUAAUACCAUCACCUUCUCCCCGCCCCAAGAAUCCUGUGUUUGAUGAUGAGAGAAAGAGCAAGAGAUUAUCUGAACUUCUGAAGAGCAAAAAGCCCGAAGAUCUGCAAGAGGCAAAUCGCCUCAUCAAGAACAUGGUCAAAGAGGAUGAGGUGAGAAUGCAGAGAACUGCAAAGCAAAAAAGCACACUGGAGGCAGUCAACAAUAGUGUCAAACUCCUUAAUGAGAUGCUGGCUCACUUCAGCCCAGACAACUCCACUGAAGGCGAUAAGGAGCUCAUUAAGGAGUUGUACAUUGAUUGUGACAAGCUCAGGCAAACUGUGUUUACGCUUGCCACUGAGACAGAGGAUGAUGACAGUAGCUUGGGUGAAAUCUUACAGGCCAGUGAUGACCUAUCCCAUGUUAUUGGUUCCUAUAAGAAAAUUGUGGAAGGGCACAGCAUCAACGGAGACGCUGAAUCUGCAGAACAGAUGCAAAACCGAGUCACACAAGGCACUGAAAGCACAAACCAGUCAGAGGUUCUCAUCGAUCUGGUGGGUAUCGACUUUCAGUCCCCUUCUCAACCCAUGGAGGAACCCUCAGCAUCUUCUCUGCGUUUUCCAGCUGAACUGCUUUGUGACCUGGUAGCCCCAAGAGGCCAAUCUGAGGGUGUGAAUGCUCCCUCUACAUCACUGUCCCAGUUUGAUGAAGAGCUGCUGUCUUUAGGCCGCAACAAACCUUUUUGCCCUGUUCUCAGUGACUCAACUCAUGGAAACGCAAGUAAUUUGACAUCUUUACAGGGCUCCAGUCAAGACUUGGAUGUUUUUGGCUCCAGUAUGCCCACAGUUCCAAUCCACUCAACACAUUCCCUCAUUGUAAAUGAUCCUACCAAAACAUCUACAGCUGCCUCUACCAUAAGUUUCCCUGGCCCUGUGUUUCCCACACCUCCCCCUGCUACAAGGACGGCCAUUUUCCCACAACCUCUGAAUUCAGCACCAACCGCCAUGGCUCCAGCUCCUCUUCCUCAGUUGUUCAGCAUGACUUCACCUGAGCAUUUGGCGACCUCGCAAAAGGCUGGCACUGUACCAGGACCACUCGACUUACCUUACUCUCUCAGUCACACUUUGCAAGACCUUGCCAUGUUGGAUCUUAUGAGUAAUGAUCUUGGUGCUACCACCACGUCAUCUUCCUCACUGAUCACAGGAGUGGAGCGAGGAUUGCCUUCUCCAUCAACUACCAAGAGCCAUGCAGAUGCCGGACCUCUGUUACGCUCUCUGUCCCCGAUUCUCCUUCUGGACCAAGCCAGUCCUGGCAGGCGACAAGAGGAUUCUCUGACUCAAGUGUUUGUCCCUCUGGAGGCCAUCAAGCCAAGUAAAGUGUGCCCUGUGACAGCAUAUGACAAAAAUGGUGUUCGUCUUCUGCUACAUUUUGCCAGCAACUGUCCACCAGGCAGGCCUGACGUUCUAGUCAUUGUGGUAUCCAUGCUCAGCACAGCUCCACAGCCAGUCAGGAACAUUGUUCUGCAGGCGGCUGUGCCCAGGACAAUGAAAGUGAAGCUGCAGCCACCUUCAGGGACAGAGCUGGCUCAAUUUAAUCCAAUUCUUCCGCCUCCUGCCAUCACUCAGGUUGUGCUGCUUACCAAUCCUCUCAAGGAAAAGGUUCGGAUGAGAUACAAAUUGACUUUCAUGUUGGAAGAGCAGCCAUUCACAGAAUUGGGGGAAGUAAAUGAUUUUCCACCAACUGAUCAAUGGGGUGCUCUAUAGUUCUUUGUAAUCUAUUUGUCAGUAUACAGAAGGGUUUAAAAAAAAGCCCUCAAUGAAACAUUUGGUUGCAUCGACUUGAAUGGAAGUUGAAGAACUGAAGAAACUUGAGUUUUACCAGUGAAAUGGAAAAUAGAUAGUGAAUGCCAGUUUUAGUCAUAUCAGAACCUUUUUUAAUAAACAACCAGUCUUGCAUAAAGCAAAAAUGCAUAUUUAAUUGUGACAUAGUGGACAUAUGAACACAAACCACAAACGGAUAUUUUCAUACGUGGGUGGACAGCGAUUUGAAGCAAAGAAAAGCGUCUCCAAGACUCAGAAAAAAGCACUCAUGCACUGGCAUGAGAUGGUUCACAAGAGUUGGUCCUAAUUUGGUUGUCGUCUUCCAGACUGGCUCAUGAUAAGAACUAAAUGUGGGUUUCAUAGAAAAUCAUACUUUAUGUUUUUAGGGUCUCAGAAUUGUCCUGAAUGCUUAUUUUAAUUUUUAUGAUCUUUUAGUAUGCUGCAUUCAAAUUCUGUCUUCCUUUGGCUUACUUGUGAUGGAUUUUACGUUUUACAAGGAUUAUAUUUCACGUAAGUAAAUAACAUCACUCCAUAGGAUUUACUUUAAGCAAAUCCGCCUGGAUUAAAGAACAUCCACCUGCAGCAAAUGUUAUCAUCGGUUCCUUGGAAGACAUUAAUAAAGGUCAACAAUCAGCUUUGUACCUGUGUUUUAUAAAGCUGUGAUCAACUAACAGACAAAAGGUUAUGUUUUGAUCUUUUCGUUUUUAAAUUGGUAUUGCAUACAUACAGAACCAUACAUGUCCUGCUCCUGAUGUGACCUGUCAAACCUGAGAUUCAGUAAUGUUUUUUUUUCAAGUGAAAUGUUUUUGUUUAGUUUUUUUCAAGUGUUGCUGAUUCAUGUUUUCAAACUUGAAAGUAAAUUCUGUAUUUAAACCUUGAAAAAAAUACAAUCUAUUGGUGGUUCAAAGUGCUGGUUGAAAGUUGAAGAACUACAUGCUUGGGUUUUUCUGGAGCUCUUGUUAGUGUUACAAGUCAGGUAUUUGUUUUUCGUAAGAAUGUAUUUAAAAUUGUUAAAUUAACUUGUCAUUGUAUUUAAAAGAACAAUUAUUUGCAUGGAAAAAUAAUAAAAUGAAAUCAUUUG